UUUUGUGCUAGUGAUGGGCAGGUGUUUUUUUUUUGUUCCAACCCGCUUUUGUGGAAUUAUUUGACCCGCCCCACAAAUAAAGUGACAUUUUUUGGACCCACACCGACCUGACCUGGGUCCGCUGAUCCGUACAUCACUACCUUGCACUCUAUGUUUUCAUGUAGAAAGAUGAGAGUAUUGACAUGAAUGAAGGCUUGCACACUGUCGGGUCAUGGAAGAGAGAAUAACACACGACUAGUCGACUCCAAAGUAACCUCGACUUGUGCCACAGAUGUCGACGUGUUGACAAACCAGCUUUUCUGUUAAUGCCCUGAUAAGUACAAUCUAAACAUACACAGACCUACUUUGUAUGUCAGAUGAUGGGAAAUGUGAAAUGUAAACUUAUCAGGUUUAAUUUUGUUUUUCUCUUGAAUUCCUCAGGUGAUGUGGAACCAAAGACACUAGACGAGAGACACAAGAUGAAUCCCAACAGUUUUCUGGAAGGACUUCGACAUGAAGACCGAAGAUAUAGUGAAGGUGGAGUAACAACCUUGUUUUUCGAGGUUCAGACUCGGAUGUAUGGCAGGAUUCUGAAAACACACUGUGAUGAAUUUCAGGAGCUCCAUAGAUAUAAGUUUUUAAAGAGGAUACGUGGGACUCAUCUGUUGUGGAAGCUGACGACCAGCUCAGAACCAGAAGCUCCUCAUGGGGACACUGCUUCAGGCAGUUCUGUCUUUGGCUUUGUCUGGCAGGUUGGAGAUUUCAUCCGUCAGUACUUGAGCUCAGAAAGUAGACAGGUUCUGCUGUUCCUCUCACCACCAGAGCCAAAUUCACAAAGGAGGAUGCUACAUGUUUUACUCCAGCCAUGCAGCGUCUCUGUGUAUAAGGUAAAAGAAUAUUAUCCUAACGCUAAGCACAUCAAGGUGUCCACCACAUGUAAACUUGUCACAAAGCACAAAUACAGACUUGAAUGUCCUGAAGCCCAUCGAAUCCAGCCUUAUGAAGCAGAGUUUGAGCUGAACUUAGGACCAAUACACCCACAGUUUGAGAUCUGGCUGCCAGCAAAGUUGGACCAAGUGAAUUUAACCAUUAAAGACCAAAGAAACAGGAAGGUCUGGGAGGAAAAUGUUAAUCUGUUAACCAGUCCACAAAGACUAGCUCAAGCUUUGAGGAACAUGGGAGACAGAAUACCCUCUUCUUCUUCCUUCAGCUUUGUCUCAGGAGGGUUUAUAAAACUUUAUCAAGACUUCACAUCAGUUUGUGUCCAAGUUCUGCUGUUCCUUGAACCGCCAAUAACACAAACCAGAAGACUACAUGUGUUACUCCUGCAGCAUGAUGUCAAUCUGGAGGAUGUAAACCCCUUUGGGAAACGCCCUCCACGUGAUGCUGUGUUAAUCAGGAUGCCUGGUACCUGUGAACUCAUCACAAGGCAAAAAUACAGAGCUGGCUGUCCUGAAGCCAUUAUGAUAAUGCCUAAGGAAGCAGUGUUUGACCAGAACGAUGGAAAACAUUAUUCCUCAAAGUUUAUGAUCUUGCUGCCAGCAAAGACAAGUCAGUUGACUUUAAGGAUUCGAGAUCAAGAAAACAAGGAAGUCUGGACAGACAAAUUUACACUGCCUGAGACACCAUACUAUGAGAUGAAUCGUCACGGUCCAGAGAAAUGGCAGUAUUUCUCCACAGAUGUUCUGGCUGGACCAUCCAAGUGGGAGGAGUUCACACCCGAAGCGUCAACUGAAUCCAGAAAGACUUUGUACAGGUUCAGGUGUCCCCAUUCAGGUUCGUUCCAUUGUACUCAGACUGGAUUGGUGUUUGUUGUGGAUCAGAAGCGACAUUGCACUACGGUACUGUCCGAUGGGAUGAGCUCCUCCUCCAGUCAGCUGGUAGGACGCCUGCAGGGCCGCUGUUCCGUAUCGAUUGUCCGGAGAAUGCCGUUCUUCAGCUCCACCUACCACACUGUGAGACAAAACCUGUGUCUGAAAGCAUGCUGUCCGUCGCUCACAUCACUGAUGAUGGAAUGAGCUUCAUUGAUCCAGUGGAGAUCACAGACACCCAUGUGGUCAUCAACGUCCCACAUCUGUCUGCAUUUGGCCUCGUCUGGGGGUGUCUAAGAGAACUUUAUAAAUACAUCAGAUCAGUUAGUGCCAAGUUCUGCUGUUCUUCACACCGCCGCGCAAACUGGAGGUGUUACUCCUGUCAAUCAACGUGGACGUGAACGAUGUAAAAGCUUUUGUGAAAGAAGAUGCACCUGAUGCUAUGUACAUCAAGGUCCCCUCCAUAUGUAAACUCAUCAUAAACCAAAGUUACACUAUUAACUGUCCUGAAGCCUGUCGAAUACAGCCUGAGGAAGAAGAAUUUUAUCUGAACUUUGGACCAAAUUAUCAUACCAUGUUUGAGAUCAUACUAUCACCAAACACAAGACAAAUGACUCUGGCAAUCCAAGAUCAAGAAAACAAAGUUUGGUGGCGCAAGUGGAUCUACCUGUCAUUGCUGCAACUAUCGAAAAUCUACAGAGCACUCCGAAGGACAUCUCAUCAAAGGAGAAGUUAUCCUCAACAUCCAAGAUGAGAUUCACCUUCACCACAUCUGGAAGACUUGCAGGACAGUGAAUUUGAGGACUUUAAGUGGCACCUUAAGCUUGAAAAAACAUCGAUUCCACCCCACCAACUGGAAAAGGCCCAGAGGAGGGAUGCAGUUGACCUGAUGGUCCAGACAUAUGUGGAUCCUGUGGAAGCUGUGGGAGGUGACCAAGAGGAUCUACCGACAAUAACAGGAACGAUCUGGUCCAAACGGUGGGAACCAUCCUCUGAAGAACAUAAGCUCCUGGAGCACGUGGAAAAAAAAUCUACAGCGGAACAUCUCACCAGGGAAGUCCUUCAGCUGCUGGACAACCUUUACAGCAUAAGUUUACACAUAUAAGAGAAAAAGAACCAGCCAAAAAACACAGUAGAAUGAAUGAGAGCAGUUCUGAACAUCACCUCUCUGGGCCUGUGUUGCUGUGUUUCCACUACGUGGCACCGACUUGACUCGACUCGGCCUUUUUGCGUUUCCAUUACGUAAAAGAACCUGGAAUCUGGUACCAGGGACUAUUUUUUAAUACUUGCUCAGCUGAGAUUCCAAGAUGGGAGAAAACAUACUAAAAUGUGAUGUGUAAACACUGCAGACCACUGAUUGGUGAGAGAAUUGUCUCUGCGUCAUCAAUGUGCGACCCACCAUUCAAAAAAAAAAAAAAAAAAGAAACAGAUUCGGAAGUUUACAGUAAAUAUAGCGGUAGGCUAAUCUGUGGUGACAGUCCGCAAAACUACAUCGUUGAGGAGGUUCA